AUGCAAGAGGUGCUGCGCGCGAUCCCGAGGGAGUGCUUCGAGCGGGACACGGGAAAGUCGCUCGCGUACGCGGCGUGCUCGACGGCGAUCACGCUGGCGUGCGGCGCGCUGGCGUGGGCGUGCGUGCCGGUGACGGCGGCGUAUUGGCCGGUGUGGGUGGCGUACGCGUUCGUGACGGGAACGGCGGCGACCGGGUGCUGGGUCGCGGCGCACGAGUGCGGACACGGCGCGUUUAGCGACGAUAAAACGAUUCAAGACGCGGUGGGAUACGCGCUGCACUCGUUGUUGUUGGUGCCGUAUUUUUCGUGGCAGCGGUCGCACGCGGUGCAUCACUCGAGGACUAAUCACGUGCUCGAGGGAGAGACGCACGUGCCGGCGCGGUUGGGGACGGAGGACGCGAACGUGAUGUUCAAGUUGCGCGGGUUGCUCGGCGAAGGGCCGUUUACGUUUUUGAACCUCGUCGGAGUGUUCGCCUUGGGGUGGCCGAUUUAUUUGCUCACCGGCGCCAGCGGUGGGCCGGUUCGCGGGAACACGAACCACUUCUUGCCGUUCAUGGGCGAGAAGGGUAAGCACGCGUUGUUCCCGGGGAAGUGGGCGAAGAAGGUUUGGCAGAGCGACGUCGGCGUCGUGGCGGUUUUGGGAGCGCUCGCGGCGUGGGCGGCGCACAGCGGUGUCGCCACCGUCAUGGCGCUCUACGUCGGACCGUACAUGGUGACCAACUUUUGGCUCGUCCUGUACACGUGGUUGCAGCACACUGACGUGGACGUGCCGCACUUUGAGGGCGACGACUGGAACUUGGUCAAGGGCGCGUUUAUGACGAUUGAUCGCCCGUACGGGCCAGUGUUUGACUUUUUGCACCACCGCAUCGGCAGCACGCACGUCGCGCAUCACAUCAACCACACCAUCCCGCACUACCACGCCAAGAAGGCCACCGAGGCGUUGCAAAAGGCGUUCCCGGAUCUGUACCUGUAUGACCCGACGCCCAUCGCCACGGCGACUUGGCGCGUCGGCAGCAAGUGCAUCGCCGUCGUCAAGAAGGGCGACGAGUGGGUGUUCACGGACAAGCAGCUCGACCCGGUCGCGGCGUGA